GCCAGCUCUGAGCGCCAGCAGGGAGGGGACUUCUGGGACAGGGCCUCAAGGGACAGGACCAGGAAGGGGCCAAGCAGGCCAGCCAGGUGCUCCUGCCACCAUGCAGGAUAGUAACUUCCUGCUGUCCGCCCUGCAGCCCGAGGCCGGUGUGUGUUCCCUGGCCCUGCCCUCCGACCUGCAGCUGGACCGCCGGGGUGCUGAGGGGCCCGAGGUGGAGCGGCUGAGGGCAGCCCGAGUCCAGGAGCAGGUCCGAGCCCGCCUCCUGCAGCUGGGCCAGCAGCCGAAGCACAACCACAAUGGGGCAGCCGAGCCCGAGGGCUUCGCUGAGGUCGCCCGAGGUCCGUCCAGGAGCCAGGACCCCACCCCGCAGGCCGGCUUCAGCUCCCGUUCCCAGGGUCUGGGUGGCCACAAGCCCGCGACCUUCAGGCCCAUCGCCAAGCCGGCCUACAGCCCAGCCUCCUGGUCCUCCCGCUCGGCUGUAGACCUGAGCUGCGGUCGGAGGCUGAGCUCUGCCCACAACGGGGGCGGGGCCUUUGGGGCUGCGGGGUAUGGGGGCAUCCAGCCCGGCGCGCCCAUGGCCGUGCGGCCCGUGUCCUUCCACGAGCGCGGCGGGGCGGGCGGCCGGGCUGACUACGACACGCUGUCCCUGCGCUCACUGCGGCUGGGCCCCAGCGCGCUGGAUGACCGCUACAGCGUGGUGUCGGAGCAGCUGGAGCCCGCGGCCCCCUCCACCUACCGCGCCUUUGCCUACGAGCGCCAGGCCAGCUGCGGCUCGAGCAGGGCGGGGGGCACGGACUGGCCGGAGGGCCCCGAGGGGCCCCCCGGCCGGACCAUCCGCGCCCCUGCCAUGCGCACCCUGCAGCGCUUCCAGAGCAGCCACAGGGGCCGCGGAGGGGCCGGGGCGGUGCCGGGGACCGGCCUGGAGCCCGUGGCCCGGGCCCCGUCCGUGCGCAGCCUCAGCCUCAGCCUGGCGGACUCCGGCCACCUGCCAGACGUGCAUGGGCUGGACAGCUACGCCGGCCACCGCACCCUGCAGAGGCUCAGCAGCGGCUUUGAUGACCUCGACCUGCCCUCUGCAGUCAAGUACCUCAUGGCUGCAGACCCCAACCUGCAGGUGCUCGGGGCGGCCUACAUCCAGCACAGGUGCUACAGCGACACGGCAGCCAAGAAGCAGGCCCGCAGCCUGCAGGCGGUGCCUAGGCUGGUGAAGCUCUUCAACCAUGCCAACCAGGAGGUGCAGCGCCACGCCACAGGGGCCAUGCGCAACCUCAUCUACGACAACGCAGAGAACAAACUGGCCCUGGUGGAGGAGAACGGCAUCUUCGAGCUGCUGCGGACGCUCCGGGAGCAAGAUGAUGAGCUGCGCAAGAAUGUCACAGGAAUCCUGUGGAACUUGUCAUCCAGCGACCACCUGAAGGACCGCCUGGCCCGAGACACGCUGGAGCAGCUCACAGACCUGGUGCUGAGCCCCCUGUCAGGGGCCGGGGGCCCCCCCCUCAUCCAACAGAACGCCUCCGAGGCCGAGAUCUUCUACAAUGCUACCGGUUUCCUCAGGAACCUCAGCUCGGCCUCCCAGGCCACCCGGCAGAAGAUGCGCGAGUGCCACGGGCUGGUGGACGCUCUGGUCACCUACAUCAACCACGCCCUGGAUGUGGGCAAAUGCGAGGACAAGAGCGUGGAGAACGCCGUGUGCGUGCUGCGGAACCUCUCUUACCGCCUGUACGAUGAGAUGCCGCCGUCGGCCCUGCAGCGGCUGGAGGGCCGGGGCCGCGGGGCCCUGGCCGGGGCGCCAGCCAGCGAGGUGGUGGGCUGCUUCACACCUCAGAGCCGGCGGAUGCGUGAGCUGCCCCUCACAACCGAUGCGCUCACCUUUGCCGAAGUGUCCAAAGACCCCAAGGGCCUGGAGUGGCUGUGGAGCCCCCAGGUGGUGGGGCUGUACAGCAGGCUGCUGCAGCGCUGUGAGCUGAACCGGCACACCACAGAAGCGGCCGCGGGGGCGCUGCAGAACAUCACUGCCGGCGACCGCAGGUGGGCGGGUGUGCUGAGCCGCCUGGCCUUGGAGCAGGAGCGCAUCCUGAACCCCCUUCUGGACCGGGUACGGACUGCUGACCAUCACCAGCUGCGCUCGCUCACAGGACUCAUCCGAAACCUGUCUCGCAACGCCAGGAACAAGGAUGAGAUGUCCACCAAGGUGGUGAGCCACCUGAUCGAGAAGCUUCCGGGCAGUGUGGGUGAGAAGUAUCCUCCAGCCGAGGUGCUGGUCAACAUUAUAGCGGUGCUCAACAACCUGGUAGUGGCCAGUCCCAUCGCCGCCCGCGACCUGCUCUACUUUGAUGGUCUCCGAAAACUCAUCUUCAUCAAGAAGAAGCGAGACAGCCCUGACAGUGAGAAGUCCUCCCGAGCAGCCUCCAGCCUCUUGGCCAACCUGUGGCAGUACAGCAAGCUCCAUCGAGACUUCCGGGCGAAGGGCUAUCGGAAGGAGGACUUCUUGGGCCCAUAGAUGAAGACUUGUGGAGGACAAGGUGGAGCGUUCCAGCUUCGGAGUGGGCAGACUUGGCGCCAGCUGCUCACUCGCCCAGCUGGAGGAGGAGCUGAUGGCCAUAGGGUCUCACCUCCUAGAGGCUGGAGACAGCGGGAAGGGUGGGGUCUGGCAGCUUGGGGCUGGUUUCUGCAGGGGGUGGGGGCAGGGCUUGAGCUACUCUGGUGCGUGGGGUGGAACCCGGUCAUAAUGCAGAGGUGAGGCUGUCCUUAGCCUGGCAGGGCCGCAGGAGCACUGAGA